CCUUCACUGCGAGCCCUUCUUUCCUGAACGAGCACCGCACUGCACGCCACCUGCGCGUCUCUUUCCCACGUUCACCAGGCCGCACAAAAAACCGAGCCUGCACUUUUCUUUGGCCUCUUCUUUGACCUCGCCUUUGGCCUUUUCUUUGGCUCUGCGUAGCCCGCCGUCGCCAUCGCCACUACCAGGCGUCAUUCUACACUCCGAAAGGGAAGCAGUGCCCACCUCGCAGUCCAGCAUGGCGUCCAUUGCAGCCACACCAGCGCCCGUAAGCACCGCUGAGGGACCGGACGGCGCCUCACGGGGCAGGAGAACGCGCAAUCGCACGCGCAAUCGCGCACAAGCUGCGGCCUUGGAACCGCACGACCAGGCACAGCCCAGCGGGGAGCCACAGUCACAGAGAGGCGGAAGGAGUGGCCGGGGCCGAGGCCGCGGUCGGGGAGGGCCCUCUCUGGUGCCUUCACAGGUCCUCCAGUCCAUGCCUAGCGAGUCCGUGGGUUCUGCGCCUACACCGGCAAGAAGGGGACCCCGGGGCAGAGGUGGGCCGGGAAGAGGUGGCGCGCAGAGGUUCCCUCAGCGCACCGCUGCCGGUGGUCGCCAGUUUGGCGGUCAGUUGACCGCGGAAGACGACGCUGACUCUGCAGUGUCUGCAAGCUUGCAAGCAGAUGCCCCCGAGUUCGAACCAGGGAGACCACUGGUUGGCCGCAAGCCACGAGCGCCAAAAGACAAACAACCCCAACUACCAAAGUCGACCGCAGCAGACAUCGCCACGAGAACGCACCAAGACAUCGACAAUGGCCACUACGAAUGCGCUAUCUGCACCGAAAACAUCAAGCGACGCUCAAAGGGUGUGUGGUCGUGUCGGACAUGUUGGACAGUCUUUCAUCUGGGGUGUAUAAAGAAAUGGUCGACCAACGAGGGCUCAGCCGCUGCUCGUCAGCAGGCUCAGGACGGCGAAGCACCACCACCGCGGCAGUGGCGCUGCCCCGGCUGCAAUCUACCCAAAGAUGUCCUCCCGAAGAACUUUUCGUGUUGGUGCGAGAAAGAGCUCGACCCAAGACCGGUUACAGGCCUACCACCAUUCUCUUGCGGACAGACCUGUUCACGACCCAGAAUCCUACCGAAGAAAUGCCCCCACCCAUGUGGCAUGACCUGCCACGCUGGCCCUUGCCCACCUUGCUCCUUGAUGGGUCCUACACAGCACUGCUUCUGUGGCACCAAGUCUAUUACUCGCCGCUGUGUUGACACAGACUAUGAGCACGGCUGGAGCUGUGGUGAGAGCUGUGGCGAGCUGAUGGCUUGUGGAGAGCACCGCUGUAAUCGUCCCUGCCACGAAGGUCCCUGCGGAGCUUGUCAUGUUCGCGUGCCUGCACGUUGCUACUGCGGUCAGGUGCAGAAGGACGUCAUGUGCUGUGAUCAAGAGGAAGCGAAGCACAGCCGGCAGCGUCAUACUGCGGCGGACGGUGCUAGCACGGUUGAAGAGUGGACUGGGUUGUUCGGGUGCCCUAGCACCUGCGGUCGUCUUUUCGAUUGUGGAAAACAUGCUUGUGAGCAGACGUGCCAUCGACAGAACGCUGAUUCCGCCCACUGUCCGCAAUCCCCCGAUAUUGUCACACACUGUCCCUGCGGCAAGACCCGUUUGACAGAGAUCUCGAACGUUCGUCGAGAGUCCUGCGAGGAUCCAGUACCGAACUGCCUGAAACCAUGCAACAAUACUCUUGAUUGCGGCCACAAGUGUAAGCAACCGUGCCAUCAAGGCGAAUGUAGGCCCUGUAUGGAGACUAUCACCAUCGCAUGUAGAUGUGGGCGCAACACCUUUUCCACAAUAUGUCACCAGGGGACCGAAGAAGCACCACAGUGCAUGCGAAUAUGCCGUGUUGCACUCAAUUGCGGACGGCAUGAAUGUGGCGAGCACUGCUGCUCCGGCGAGCGUAGAGCAGCCGAGCGACAGGCAAAUCGAAGGAAGCCACGUCCUCUAGACUCAGCAGCCCAACGGCCAGGCGACAAUUUCGAAGCGGAGCAUAUUUGUACGCGAUCCUGCGGUCGCCAGCUGAAAUGCGGUAACCCAGAACAUCGCUGCCAAGAACUUUGCCACAAAGGUCCUUGCGGCACUUGUCGGGACGCAAUUUUUGACGAGAUUAGUUGCAAUUGUGGACGCACUGUGCUGCAGCCUCCGCUUCCCUGUGGAACUCGCCCUCCCCUGUGCCGCUUCUCAUGCGAGCGACCGAAGAGUUGUGGCCACCCACAAGUUGGCCACACGUGUCAUGGUGAUGAAGAGGAUUGUCCUAAAUGCCCCUACUUGACGACCAAAUCUUGCAUGUGUGGCAAGAACGUCAUCAAGAACCAGCCUUGCUGGCUCAACGAAGUUCGCUGUGGCGAGGUUUGUGGACGCACUUUGAAGUGUGGUAUCCACAAGUGCCAGAAGCAAUGCCAUCGCGGCGGCGAGUGCGAAGAGCCCUGCAAGCAGACCUGUGGAAAGGAACUCGGCGUCUGUGGCCACCCUGACAUGGCGCCCUGUCAUUUCCCGCAGCCUUGCAAGGAAGACAAGCCAUGUCAACACAAGAUCAUAAUCACUUGUGAAUGCCAGAGAAUCAAGCAAGAGACAAAGUGCAAUGCUUCGAAGUCUGGCGCAGGCAACCACACCAAGUCUUUGAAGUGUGAUGAAGAAUGCGCACGUCUCGAGCGCAAUCGCAAGCUUGCAUUGGCACUUAAUGUCGAUCCAGCACAUGAGACGGAUCAUGUUCCCUAUUCUGAUAUCACACUGAACCACUACAUGGAACACUCGACCUGGGCAGCUACUCACGAGAAGCGACUGAGACUAUUCGCUGCGGAUGAGGACGAGAGGCGACUCAGAUUCAACCCCAUGUCAAAACAUCAACGUAAAUUCAUCCACUAUCUUGCGGAGGACUUCGGCUUUGAUACAGAGAGCAUGGAUCCCGAACCUCAUCGCCAUGUUGCGGUCUUCAAAACGCCAAAGUUUGUUAUGGCUCCGAUGAAGACCCUUGCGGAAUGUGCAAGAUCGCGCCAGGUCCAGCGCCCCAUAUCCGCAGCACCAGCAGCCGCUCCACUUCGACCGAAACCAAGCAAUACUACCGGGGAUCCUUACAACUCUUUCCUGAUCUUGAACCCACGUUUUGCUCUCACGAUCGAAGAAGUCAGCAUGUGCGUCAAGAACGUCCUUCCUCAGACGAACUUCCCCCUUGAAUUCGAGAUCAGCUUCCUACCAAGUGAGGCCGUUGCACUCAAACCACCUCUAGCUGCUCGCCUGAAUAUUCCUGAGCGUGAAAUCCAGACGAUGCUGGAGUCUGUGAAGACUCCCUUGACGCAGGCACUCGCUACGCACAAGGUUGGUUCUUUGCAACUGGCUCGCACGGAUGCUUCACUCAAUAUAUUACGCAAGGAGUCAGAUAUUGGUCCAGGCUCAGGUUGGAGUCAAGUCGCAGCAUCAAGAGGGAUCCCAUCGCGCCAAGUACAGAAGAGCACGCCCUUCGGAAACAAGGGUGGUUUUGCUGUGUUGAGUCUAAGCAGUAAGAAGAAGAAGGACAAUCCGCUUCCUGUAGUAGACGACUGGGAGGCAGCCGAGGAAGAGGAAGAGGAAAAAGAAGAGAAGGGCAAGGCCAGUGGUGCCAACAGCGGAACAAUCAGCGAGGAUGAUGGCGGACCUUCGCGUCCGAGAAGCAGGGGUCUCGCCAAGGCGUCCGCUGACGAACCACUCAUAUCCACCAAGCCUGGUGAGCUGUUGGGACGUUGGUCUGAUUUGGAUGAAUAGUAUACACUGCCUGUUCAGCGUCGACGUGAGAUAUAGCCCACGGGUAUAGCAGUUUAAAGAAUCCAUGUGACACGCUCGCCCAAUCAAUACCCAAUCUCGGACAUGGUGACAUCCUCCACGAAAUGCUUCUCCCGAUAGCCCUUUGUCCACCAUAGAUACCACGGAACGACGUUCAUCUUGAUCCGA